AAUUUCAUUCAGUUCCACCUCUUUUUCCUAACUCACUUUAUUCUUUUGAAACUUUUUUUUCUUAUCAAGCCGAAUCGCAGUGACAUGUUCUCCAUUGCCUUUCGACGUAACGGUUUCCGAUGUUGGACUCGAUUAUAUUGCAAUCAAAGAUCGUUUGUCACCAUUGACGAAAAACGGCAAGAAGCCAUUCAUGGCGGCGGCAAAGCGAAAAUCGAUGCACAACAUGCCAAGGGAAAAUUAACCGCGCGUGAACGGUUAAAAUUAUUACUGGAUAAAGAUUCCUUCCGUGAAUACGAUAUGUUUAUGGAACAUCAAUGUACUGACUUUGGAAUGGAAGGCAAAACGAUCGCAGGCGAUGGUGUAGUGACAGGUCAUGGAACCAUUUAUGGACGACGGGUGUUUGUAUACAGUCAAGAUUUUACUGUAUUUGGCGGCAGUCUAUCAAAGACAAAUUCUCAAAAGAUUCUCAAAGUCAUGGAUCAAGCCAUGACGGUGGGAGCUCCCAUUAUCGGUUUGCAAGAUUCCGGCGGGGCGCGGAUUCAGGAAGGCGUGGAUUCACUGGCAGGAUAUGCCGAUAUAUUCCAGAAAAACGUAUUGGCAUCGGGGGUCGUGCCGCAGUUGUCGUUGAUUAUGGGUCCAUGCGCGGGCGGAGCCGUUUAUUCUCCUGCUCUGACAGAUUUCACAUUUAUGGUUCGAGACACGUCGCAUAUGUUUGUCACAGGGCCAGAGGUGGUGCGAGCCGUUACCAAUGAAGAAGUGACCCAGGAAAUGCUCGGCGGAGCCAAAGUACACACUCAUAUAAGUGGCGUCGCCCACCGAACAUUCACCAACGAUGUUGAAGCUUUGCAAGGCAUCCGAGAAUUCUUUGAUUAUCUUCCAUUAUCCAACCGUGAUCCCGUCCCUGUCCGCCCAUGUGAUGAUCCGUUGGACAGAAUGGAUUCAGCUCUUGACACCAUUGUACCCACCAAUUCCAAUUUGGCUUAUGAUAUGAAAGAGGUUAUCAACAGAAUUGUUGAUCGACAUUCUUUCUUUGAGAUUUCACCCAAGUUCGCGGGUAAUAUUCUCGUGGGUCUCGGACGAAUGGGAGGUCAAACGGUAGGAUUAGUAGCCAAUCAACCUCUUGUAUCGUCUGGGGCUUUGGACAUGGAUGCAUCCGUCAAAGCGGCCAGGUUUAUCCGAUUUUGUGAUGCGUUCAAUAUCCCUCUCGUGUCACUCGUGGAUGUUCCCGGAUUUCUUCCCGGAACAAAACAGGAACAAGGUGGCAUUAUUCGCCACGGAGCCAAGUUACUUUAUGCCUAUUGCGAAGCCACCGUACCUAAAUUGACUGUCAUUAUCCGAAAAGCUUACGGUGGAGCCUAUAUCGUGAUGAGCUCCAAGCAUUUGAGAGGCGAUUACAAUGUGGCAUGGCCGACCGCGGAAAUUGCGGUGAUGGGCGCGGCGGGAGCGGUUGAAGUGAUCUUUAGAAAUCAUCCCGAUAAAGCCACUAUGCAAAAAGAAUACAAAGAGAAAUUCGCUACUCCCUUAUUCGCCGCCCGACGAGGUUACCUUGAUGACAUUAUUGAACCCAGAUUGACUCGUGCACGAUUAAUUGAACAGUUGGAUCUGUUGAAAACCAAAUCCCUACAAAAUCCGUGGAAAAAACAUGGAAGCAUUCCUCUUUAAUCAUAUACUAUUCAUCAUGUCCCCGUACAUAUGUAAAUAAACCA